GCAGUAGAAAAGAUGAUGCCCAGUGUGUGUGAGCGUGUGUGUGUGUGUGUGUGUGUGUGUGUGUGGUGGGAAGGACUCAGAGCUGCUGUGAGGAGAUGAGUGUCAGUUGUCAGCGGUGAAUCGGAGUGUAAAGAUGAAGCUUCUACUCAGCAGUGUGCUACUCGCCUCUCUUUGUGCCCUCUCAUCUUGGAGUGUUUCAUCUCCAGGCAGACCUGCUGUUACCCAGAGUGCUGAUGUCUCUGUGGUGGAGGGGGAGACAGUAAACAUCAGCUGCUGCUGGACACCGGAGUUUGAAAGACUGAGAGUUCAGUGGCUGGAAAAUCAAACAGAUAUGAAGAAGAUUUUGUACUUGAAGAAUCUCUCUCAUGGAUCUCUGCCAGAGGAGACGUCUGACUGCUCAAACUUGACCAUUACGAAUGUCACGAGAGAGGAUUCAGGGAGAUACAUCUGCAAGGUGACAGUGGACAUACCAGUUUUAACUGUGGUUGAAGGAAAUGGUACUGUCAUCACCGUUACGGCCAGAGACAACACAAAGGACAACACAGCAGGAGGUUCUAUCAACAAUCUUUCGCUGACUCCUGUGAUCAUUCCCCUGGCUGUGGUGGCUCCAUUGCUCCUCAUCGCUCUCGUGUGUUUCUGCUCUCUGCGAAGGAGACAAGGUUCAGUGCAAGCAGCCAGGGUGAUCUACGAGGUACCCCACAUUAACUCUGAGGUGGUAGAAAUGGACAAACACAGCACCGGCUCCUCCACGGGCUCUUCUCAGUGGUGUCAGGUACCAGUGUAUGAAUCCUUCGAUUACUUUGAACAUGUCGAGACCAAAGAAAGUGGAUGACGACGUGCUGAUCAGGGAAAUUUCCUCAUCUUCCAGUAUUUUCUACUUUUUAGCGUGUAUAUAAUGUACAUUAUUUUACUAACCUUAUAUUGUGAUUUUAGAUGAGUGUAAAUAUUUUUAAUUUUUCUAUAAACUCAGUCCUGUC